AUGACAACAGCUGGUCUUAUUAUUCUGAAACAUUGUCUGUCCAUUCUUUGCUGCAAAUCUCUCCAUGUGGACUUUCACUUCCGGUGCUUCCAGGAGACAGAGGAUGUUGUUUUUGUAAAAGAGGUGAACCUAAAGGAUAAGCUGAAUAAGGUCUGCAACAGUAUUGAUGUCAUGUCUGUUGUAGUUGAUCUUGGAGGUUGCAGUUUGAAAUAUUUCGCUCUUGGUGAUUCAAUGGCCCUUGGAAAACAAGUUUGCAGUUUUGUUAUUAAUUGCCUGUGCCGGAAAUUCUUUAUGGAUGAGCGUCCAACUGUAUCAAGGAAGCAUUAUUUCGUUUCGUCUAUAUCUGAAGUGUUUAUGAGUGAUUUGCCAGACUACUCCUAUGUUGAGAAGUGCUUUAGUGGGGCUGCUUCUGUGUUGAUUUUGCCACUGUGUGAUGAGCUAUUCUUUCCUGUGUUACAUGGCAAGCACUGGUUCCUUUUUGUUGUUGAUUUGAAGAACAAGAUGUUCAUAAUUCUUGAUUGGUAUUAUUCAAAGGAUGAUGGUUUUUGUGUUUACACAAGGAAUAAGUUGAAGAAGAGCUUUUGCCAUGCAUGGGCCAUGUAUGUUGGAUUGGACCCAGGUUUCAAUAAUUUCCGCACUUGUUAUGCUCAUGUUCCAAAACAAGCUAACCAGUAA